AGCCCCUCGCCCGAACAGCCUUUGGCCUGCCUGCUCCUCUUGCCCUUGGAUGGAGGGCUCUGAGGAUCUGGAGAGCAGCCUCCUGACACAGCCCUGGGCUUCUGUUUGCUUUGGCGAGUCUGCUUUUCUUGCCAAAGCGUACUUCAGGGAUACCGGCUACAUCCUGCUGAUCUCCGACCUCAGCAGCGUCUGGUACGAGAGUGCAGACGCCGAGGCUGUGGGACAAAGGUCCAAGGAGCUGAACAAGCGGUUGACGGUCCACGUGUCCUCCUUCCUGCACCGCUUGUGCAACCUGAUGUGCCCCUUGCUGGCCGGGCAACCAGACGACGCCACCUCCUUCUCCUGCCACCGUGCUGCUGGUGGCCUCAGCCUGCAUGUGAAGAGUGAGCUCUCGGGACUGCCCUUCUACUGGGACUUCCACUGCUGCCCUGCUCCUGUGGAGAUGGUGUCCCGUCACCUCGUGCGGCCCCUGAUUCGGAUGAGCCUGGCACUGCAGUACCAGGUGGAAGAGCUGACCUCCCUGCUGCUCCAGAAGGAUGCUGAGAUUGAAGACUAUAGGGAGAGUGGGGCCGCUCUCAGCAGAGACCGCCUGCGGACAGAGCCCUUCCAGGAGGAGAGGUUUCAGCAGAACUUCAUGGCUGAGAGCCUGCCCCAGAUCUGUGGUGCGGGAGAGGGGCAGGCAUUCGCCUCCGCUCUGCAGCAGCUGUACCUGGCGGUGAUGCAGCAGGAGGCCAAGCAGGCUCGGAAACGGCAGCACUCAGAGGCCACUGAGAUCCCGGUGCCUGCUGCAGAAACCGCAGGGCACCCCUGUCCACCGUCUCCAUCCCAGGAGGAUGAAACAGCGUCUUCCAGCGAGGGAAUCACGCCGGCUGCCUCCCCAGCUCAGAAGCCCCAGCUGCCUGCAGCCAAGGCCAAGCCAAAGAAGGCGAAGGGCCUCUUCAGCUGAAAGGUUGCUGCCACCCACCCCGAGGGUCUUUGCUCCCCCCAGCAUCUGAGAGAGGCAGU